CGUCAGUGACGCAGCUCAACGCGAAUGAAACGCAGGUACUGCGCUCGCAGAGUGCGGGUUACGAGUGAGUUGUGAUAGGAAUGUGAAGGAGAAAUAUAACGAAGUAACAGAACUCCUCUGGACGCACGAAACAUGUACUUCUUUACAAACUUUCCGACGAGGUUAUUGUCCUGGCAAGGACUGGUGGCCGUGUUCGUAUUGAUCAGGCUUGCAUUAGGAGCCUCUUUCUAUGGUGACGGCUACAUGGAGCUUAAAACGGUGGAGACGUGGUCCCGCUCGUCCCUGUAUGUCAGGUUCCGCACCUCCAGACCCAGUGGCAUGCUCUUCCUGGCAGCAGGGCACACAGACUACUGCCUGGUGGAGCUGCAUUCCACUCGCUUACAGGUGAAGUUGGACUUGGGAUCUGGUGAGCGCAUACUUCGCUCGGAGAAAGGCACCCCAUUGAAUGAUCUGGCCUGGCACACAGCAGAACUGCAGCAUGAAAAUAAUAGCGUGACCCUGACUGUGGACAAGCACUUUCAAACGAGUGUCAAAAUGCCAGGGCAGCUGCUUGAUCUCAGCAUCCAGGAGGGUCUGUACGUGGGAGGCACCGGAGGUCUGGACAAACCGUACCUCGUCACGGAGCCCAGCGGCUUUCGAGGGUGCAUCGAUGAGCUCCUGUUUAACCAGCAUAAUCUGCUGUCCUCGCUCAGAUCCUAUUACGGGUUCAAACAUGUCUACGAGGUGUCCUUGGGCUGCAGCCCUCAGUUCUUUGCCAGUGAAGACGACCCGGUUAGUUUCUUCAGCUCCAAAGCUUAUAUUUCUUUCCCACUUUGGAAUGUGCGAGAGGGAGGAGUGUUUGAGUGCGUGGUCCACACAUCAGCUGAGCAAGGACUUCUUCUGUACAACUCUGCUCGUCAAGGAGACUUUGUAGCCAUGGAGAUCCGAGAAGGGCUGAUCAUUGCGGUCGUGGGAAAAGGUGGGAGUAAAAAUGAGCUUUCAUCCCUUAGUCAGGUUAAUGAUAGGAAAUGGCAUUACGUCAAACUACAGUUUACAUCAAGGAACCUUCAGCUUACCGUGGAUGAGGAGACUGUGAAAACAAGCCUCAGUUCCCACAGCAAGGGUCUCAGUCUGAUGGGUCCCCUCUUUAUAGGGGGUAUAGAUGAUAGCACUCUAGCAGAAGUCCGGAAUCGGGGCUUGGUCUCAGUCUCAGGAAAGCGUGCCAGAGGAGGGUCCUUUAAAGGCUGCCUGAAAGACAUCAAGGCCAACUCUGAGAAAAUGGGCCUAAAGAAUGCUGUGGUUACUAAAGACAUUUCCGUGGGGUGUGAACCAGAAAAGGAGCCAGACCCUACAGUGCAAGCCACCCCCACUACUGUCCCCCUGCCUCAAGUCCCGUACACAUCUGCUGCCAUUCCAACAAGCGCCAAACCUCAGGAUAAGAAGCAUGGCAGCUUCCUGGCCCUCAAUAACCUUGUGGUUCCAGAAGGGGGCCGUGCAUCUCUCGGGUCCAAGCACAUUAAAGUCAGCCUGGAAUUCAAGAAGCUGGGUAUUCGUCAGUCACAGAUCAUUUUUAAGAUCCAAGAGCAGCCUGUCCAUGGGCAGCUGAGGUUGGAUAUUGAUCAGGAUCAAGAAGAAAACACUUUCUCCAUGUUGGACCUCUGGCAUGGUAGGGUUAUGUACAUUCACGGUGGUUCAGAGGAUCCCCUUGACUUUUUUAUGUUUUCUGUCAUUGUCAGCAGCAAGAAAGAAGUCCCACCCUAUCUAAAGGGAAAUAAGCAAUACAGAUUUAACAUCAGCAUAACCCCCACCAAUGAUGCCCCAGAGCUGACUCUCCUUGAAGGUAACCUCUUUGUAUUGUUGGAGAACUCAAAGAAGCCUCUAACAGCUGAUGUGUUGAAAGCCACUGACAUCGACAGCAAUUCUACAGAGCUGGUGUUUUCAGUGCUGGGUAACCUGAAUGCAGAUGCUGGCUAUCUUGAAAACACUAAGAACCCCGGUAAAGCUGUCAAUACUUUCUCGCACCCUGACUUGGAGGAAGGAAGAAUCCAGUAUGUUCAUAGUGGGGUGAGAAACUCCAGGAUUGUGUUAAGAGUCAGUGACGGGGAUAAAGUGAGCAACACCGUGGUCCUGCGAAUAAUGGCCAUACCGCUGGAUUAUAACAUUGCAAACAACACAGGCGUGGAAGUGACGCAAGGAGAAGUGGCCUUGAUUAGUACCAACCACCUGGCAGUACAGACUAAUGCAGUAAAACAGGAGCUAGAUAUCCGGUAUGAUAUCAUUGAGCCCCCCAAGUAUGGGGAAGUGCAGAGGUGGCACUCCAGCGGAGAGUGGAAACCCACCAACACAUUCUCCCAGCGCACACUUGAACGUGAACGUGUGCGAUAUGUGAGCACUUACCAGGAACUUCAGUCUAGCAAUGCUGCUGACAAUUUCAAAUGUAAAGUCAGUAUCGGAAGCCUGGCCAGUGAGGAACUGGUCUUUCCAGUUACAGUGAAAUGGGUUCAGUAUAAACUACUGAAAAACAAUGCGCUAGAAAUUGACAAAGUAAAGAGAGUGGCACUAAAUUCAGAACACCUCCAUGCUGUUGUUAAAGGCGUGACAGUAGCGGAAAACAAUCUGUAUUACAGGCUUUUGACGUUACCCAAGAAAGGCAAACUUCUGCUCAACCACAAAGUGUUGAAGAAAAACUCAACUUUUAGCCAAAGAAAUGUCACUGAGCAGAAAGUAGAAUACGAGCUGGUGGAAAGACCACGUGAAGACUCACAGGACAUGUUUACCUUCCAGGUUAUCUCCAAACAUGCACAUUCAGGGGUCUAUGAUUUCAAACUUGCCAUCAAGGCAGAUGUCAACAGCAUCAUCCUAACCAAUACUGGGCUUUCUUUAACCGAGGGAGAAAGCAAACUGAUCACAAAAGAGGAAUUGUUUUCAGAAACCCUGAUCACAAAAGAAAUGUUCUACAAAAUCACAAGCAGCCCCAAAUAUGGGAAGUUAAAGCGUAUAAACCUUUCUGACUCUGCCUCCAGCAAUGACAACAUGACAGCGUUCACCAACGCGGAUAUCCUGGGAGAACGCAUUCUGUACGUCCACGAUGACUCUGAAACCAUCCAUGAUGAGUUUACUUUCAUUGCAUCCCUCGACAAGUCCGGGGCGGAGGCUGCAGCUGUGGAGAGCUCCUUUAACAUUUCCAUUGAGCUGAAGAAUGACGAAAAGCCAGUGCGUGUUGUUGAUAAGAUCUUUCAUGUGGCCAGAAAUGGUCAGAAACUGUUAACUGUGGAAGAUCUCUGCUAUCAUGAUGGGGACUCUGAUUUUGACGAUGGCCAGCUGUUGUACACUCGACGGGGAAUACCGAACGGGGACCUGGUCCUUGUGAAUGACACCUCUCACAAGCUCUACCAGUUCCAUCAGGAAGACCUGGAGCUGAGGCGUGUCUUAUUCUUGCACCGUGGGACAGAUUACGGGCGUUUCGUGUUGUUCGUGACUGAUGGAAAGCAUUAUACAUCAUCACUGCUGGAAGUCAGUGCACACGAACCCUACAUCCAAAUAGCCAACAGUACAGGGCUGCUGGUACAAAAAGGACAUGCAGUGUCUUUCAGUGCAGCCAACUUCAGUGUGGCCACCAACAUGGAUGUAAGAGAUGAUAAGGAGGUCACCUACAAAUUGUUUCUUCUACCAAAGCAUGGCGGACUGUAUAUAAAUGAUCUUCUAGUGGAUUCUUUCACCCAGCGCGAUUUGAGAAGGGGUCAGCUGGUCUAUCAACAUGACAACAGUAACAACUUGGUGGACAGAUUCAACUUUACUGUGAAGGUUAAGAAUGUUCGUCUGGAUGCUGGAGUUUUUGUCCGAGUGUAUUUGGAGAGUCACCAGCGCCCCCCAAAGGUGGUGCGCAACAGCACUCUUCUGGUAGAAGAGGGGAAGCCUGUGAAGAUCAGCAAAAGAAAACUUGAGGUUGUGCAUGAAGAUAGCUUGCCUGUGGAAAUCGUUUACACUGUUAAGAUCGCUCCUGCCUACGGAUACAUCCGCAGCUUUGCUGAAGGGGAGGAGCAAUAUUUGGGGAGUGAACAAGCCCCUAUCCAGAGCUUCACACAGCAAGACAUUAACGACGGCAACAUCCAGUAUGUGCAGGUCACUGCGGAUCAGCACAAGGACAGCAUGGAGCUGCAGGUCUCCAACGGAGUAACUGAAGUUGGGGGAAUCCAGGUCUGCAUUGAUGUUAUACCUCGUCUAAUCCCACUGACAGUGUCCAGCAUCACGCUAAAGGAAGGAUCGGCCAAGGCUCUGACGGAGGACAUCAUUCAAGUUACCAACCAGCACUUCGCUGGCCUGGACUUUGAGUACUCUCUAUGGAAGCAUCCGCAGCAUGGGCAGAUAGAGCACUCCCGAACCCCUGGCGUGAAGCUCCUUGUGUUCACGAGAAAGCAGGUACAGCAGGAGUUCAUUUAUUAUGUGCAUGAUGACAGCGAGACGACAUCUGAUAAUUUUACCAUCAUUGCCAAUGACACUGAGCUCCAGAAACAGAGCCAGCCCUGCACUGUCUAUGUAAACAUUACGCCAGUGAAUGAUGAGGCGCCAGUUAUAACUGCCAACACAAUAUUAAAGGUGUGGGUGAGCUCAGUUACUGAGAUAACACAAGCAGACCUGAACUCUGAAGACAAGGACUCUCCCCCAGAAGAGCUGAACUAUGUCAUUACCCCCCCCAGCAACGGCCACCUAGCUCUCAAGAGCUCUGCAAACAAGAGCAUCCUGAACUUCACACAGGCACAUGUUAACAACGGGGAGGUAGUGUUUGUACACAGCGGAGCCAUGUCUGGUGGAUUUAGUUUCCAGGUGAGCGAUGGUUUGAACUUUGCCCCUCGACAGAUCUUCAGUGUCACAGCCAGAGCUCUGCUCCUCCGCUUGGACACAAACCAGCAUCUUCAGGUAUUUCCAGGGUCUCUAACUCCCAUUUCAUCAGAAGAUUUGCAAGCCGUUACGAAUGAUGAUGAUGGAGCAGGAAACCGCACCAUAACCUUCACGCUAGUCAGCUCUCCCACACUGGGGAGGCUGGUCAGAGUCGAGCCUGACAACUCCACUGUGGAAAUCUCCACUUUCACGCAAGCCAUGGUGGAUGAGGGUGUGAUUGCUUAUGAACAGACUAACCUGGAGUCUAUAGGAUGGAGUGCAGAGGACUCCUUUAGAUUCACUGUGUCCUCUCCGCCUGCCUCUCUGGAUCCUCAUGUAUUUAACAUCGCCAUCUCUUAUGAAAACACUGGUCCUGAACAACGGAGUCUUCUGCUUGCAAACACAGGUGCCGUGGUUACAGAGGGUGAGAAAGUGCUGAUUGAUAAAUCCAUGCUGGAUGCUUCCAACCUCCUGGUGAAGCUGCCUGAAGCACAGCGCCACUCUUACGAAGUCUGGUAUGAAGUCACUUCUUUACCCCAGCAUGGUGUGAUCACUGUCGGACAACGCAACCUCACCAAAGAGAAGCCCAACUUCUCCCAGUUCAUUCUCAACAAGUAUGGAAUUACCUACCAGCACGAUGACUCUGAGUCUCUGCAGGACCACUUUACCUUCGGUGUGUGGUUAAACCUGAAGAGCAAGACUGCCUCCAGACCCCUGGAUGGAAGUGAAGUGAUUGAAGAGGUCUUCAAUGUUACCGUCACACCAGUCAACGACCAGCCUCCAGAGCUGAAGACGAAGUCUCCAGGCCUAAGGGUCGUGCAGGGCAACAAAGAGUUGCUUGUUCCAGAGCAUUUGAACGUUGUGGACUUAGAUAAUCCUCCAGAAGAUAUCAAAUACACCAUAAUCAGUAAACCCAACAAUGGCUUUCUAGCGAUGGGCAGCAGCAUUAACGAUUCCAUCAUGACCUUCACUCAGGCUGACAUCAACCGUGGCAGAGUGUGGUUUGUCCAGGAUGGAAGCACGUUCUCAGGAGUCUUCUACUUCAGUGUCACGGAUGGCAAGCACAGGCCGCUGUACAAACUGUUCAAUUUGGAGGUGACAGAGAUUACCAUUUUCCUUUCUAACAACACAGACGUAGUGCUGGAGCAGGGUCAAACUUCUGUGGUCAUCACCAAUGAGCAAUUAGCAGCAGAGACCAAUGGUAAAAACACUACAAUCCACUAUCUGGUUACAACCCCUCCACAGUUUGGAAAGCUUCUCAUCACUACUGAACCAGUCACACAUUUUGAGCAAGAAGACCUUUUACAAGGAAGACUAUCCUAUCAAAUGACUAAUCUAACAUCCUCCCGGGAUAGCUUUGAAUUCACUGUCUUUACUUCUGAGAGUAAUCUGACUGAACAGGUCCUUAAUAUUACAGUUAAACCUUUGAUAACCUUAAGCCAAGACACAAGGGUCCCAAAUGAAAUUGCAUUUAAAUUGAGGAGCAGCAUGCUCAAUGCCACACAGUUAUCGGUCCUGAGUGGUAGCGAUCCACACUUUGAAAUAGUAGUGCCUCCAACACACAGCAAAAUUUUAAAGUCCAAAAAGCUUAAACAUGGACCUUCAGAGCCUGUUCUGUCUUUCACUCUCAAAGACCUUGAGAUGGGGAUCGUGUCACUUGAGUCUAAAGCCAACAUGACAGCAGUCCAGGAAAUGAAUGAUUCGUUCACCUUUGUUCUUCAUGCAGAGAGCACUCAACCUGCGAUCGGUGUUUUUCUGUAUGUUAUUGUGCCAUAUGAUCCGUCAUUGGUGCCAGUUGUCACAACCAAAAGCCCUCGAUUGACUACUGCAUCAGUUAUAACUAACCAGACCGCCUUAGGUGAGCCCCAAUUACCAUUUUCAGUAGAGCCCCCUGUGGUUACUAAGGAACCGACCAAGCCUGUUACCAGAUGGAAAGGUAGGAACCGCUGGGGAAACCCCAAUAGAGUUGCUAUCCCUGAGCCAGCAGUGCCAGAUGUAGCCUCGGAGAAGCAGGAGAGAACGCCCAAGACCCCUGUUGUGGAAGCUGCAGCUCAUCCCAGCAGGGCCUCCAACCCCCUGCUCAUCAUACUGCCCCUGCUGGCUUGCCUCCUCCUCGUAGUUAUUCUGGUGGUGUUGAUUAUAAUGUUCAGACACAGAAAAGAGAAGCAGAAGCCUCUAAUUCAGAACCACCCCAACAACACCACUGCCCCAAGCAGCCCGAGCCCGUGUCAGCCUGAGAGGAGCCUGGCCGUCCCGUCGGUCACUGUGACACCACUGCUGAAAGGAAGGGAGGCCGGUGCAGACAUGGGGCCACGAGGAAUUGCAUUGGAGACCUGUGGCAGCCCACAAGAGACCUCCCUGCAGCUCUGUACUUGGAACAACCUGGACCCAGAGACUCUGCAGCACUGCCGGACCUCACACCCAACCCUGCGCAACAACCAGUACUGGGUGUAGCUUCAAUUGUUGCUGUCCGCAUGCAUCACAGCUCUCGCCUUAUUCCACUGCUGCUGGACAGUUCUGGGAAUAAGCAGACAGGAAAGGCAGCUCUAUUCAACUAUAAUACAGUCACCACCACUUAGAACGGGCAUGUGUGUGUUAAUGUGAUUUACCCACAGUAAGCAAUGGACGGUAUAAAUUCCCACACAAUAACCUGACAUUCAAAGUGUCCCCCAAUCACCAGUACAGUGAUCAAAACAAACGAGCGUGUAUGCGGUUCAAAAUCUUUAUUAAGACACUCAUUAUUACACUGAUAAAAAUAUGUAUUAAAACAUAUGAAUGAAGUAAAAAGUACAGUAAUCCGUCGCAUAUCUGACUGUGAUGGGACCAGAGUAAGGUCAGAUAUGUAAAAAUGCGAUAAAUGAAUUCUUUUUUAAAUGCCAUUAUACACAGCUAUACAAUUACUGUACUAUAUUAUUGUUUUGAGAUUCAGUUUUUAUU